GCAGCAAUUUGGCUAUGUAAAUAAAAUAUAAUAACAAAAAAUGUUAGGAAUGAAACCGUAAUUUUUUUUCAACUGAUAUUAGCUAAUCAUUUCAGGGUUAGUGUAGGCCUUAAUAAAAAAAAAAUAAACUAAUCAAAAAAUAAAAUAUAGUAAAUCGAAUAAACCUGAAGGAAAACGUGAGAUUAUAGCUAUGAGUCCGAGCUUUUCGCGGGUACGUAAAUGCAGCACAGUUGUGAGAUCAGCUGAUUUUUAACGCUGCCAUUUUGUCCGGCUGAGGAGCACCCAGUCAGUCAGUCCGUAAAGAGAAACCACUGGCGAGACUUUUCACACAGCGUCUGGACGGGACUGUCGGUUCAAAGAACUGAGCCGAUAAUGCGGUGUCGGCAUCCGAGGGACACCACCAACUGAACCCGUGGAUCUUUUAACGGAAGCGACCGAGCUGCUGGAGCUGUCACUGGUAACUGCACGGCUCCUUGGGCUCCUCUCUCCGGUCACAGACUCCCCGGCUGCCUAGCUCACCCAGCUAGCCGCUCCGCUACCACCCUCCGCUCCUCUCAGCGCUUCUUCCCGGGAGAAACUGCACCUGUCCCGGCUGUCACUGCCACGCCACCCGGUCACUGAUUUAAAACGAUGCGCUGCUCAAUCCUGGGUGACUUUUUCCAUCCUGGGGGCGGUUUAAAACACACUUCCCCAAGCCGACAGUGAUAGCUAAACAGCCCGAGCUAACAAGUUGACGUGGAGGAGGAAGAAGAAGUUUUUUUUUCUCCCCUGGAUUGUUGAGAUUGAUCUCCACAAAACUGCGAUUGUCAUAAAGGAUUAUUAUUAUUUUUUUCUCAACCCCGAGGUGGACUUGUCUCUUCAGCGAUUCUUAAAACAAAUCGUCCGGGUUACAGAGCAGCCAGUUAGUCAGUUAGCUAUGUUUAUUUGUGGCCAGAAAGUAAUCUCAAGUGUUUCCAGAUUCUUCAGCGGGACUCUUUCCUGGUUCGAGUACUGCAACGGAAACAUUAGCUAACACAGACUAGCUAGAGUGUUUUAUUUAGUGGACAGAUCGAUAGGUAGUCGGACUGAACUGUGGCCAAACAAUUCACCUGAUAACUAGCUUCUGAAUUAGCCGAUCUGAUUUAGUACUGUUAGUAUUGCUGUUGUAGCCGACCAGUCUGCACAGGUUUUGCAUACACCUGGAGGACAAACUCGGGGCGUGAGAUCCCAGCUCUGGUUGAUCCAUUGAUCGGAUCUCAGUCGAUAUAUUUUAUCCGAACAAAAUAAAUCAAUAAAAGGAAGAAGAGGAGAUGUCGGGCCAGUCUAUUACGGAUCGGAUCGCGGCGGCGCAGCACAGCAUGACCGGCUCCGCUAUCAACAAGGCUGUGUGCAAAGCCACCACACACGAAGUCAGCGGACCCAAGAAGAAACACCUCGACUAUCUGAUCCACUGCACCAAUGAGAUGAACGUGAACAUUCCCCAGCUGGCGGACACGCUGUUUGAACGCACAGCCAACUCCAGCUGGGUGGUGGUCUUCAAAGCCCUUAUCACCACCCACCACCUCAUGAUGUACGGCAACGAGCGUUUCAUCCAGUACCUGGCCUCCAGAAACACUCUGUUUAACCUGAACAACUUCCUGGAUAAGGGCGCUCUGCAAGGUUACGACAUGUCCACCUUCAUCAGACGAUACAGUCGCUACCUGAACGAGAAAGCCAUGUCCUACAGACUGGUGGCUGUGGAUUUCACCAAGAUGAAGAGGGGGGUUGACGGCGUGAUGCGUACCAUGAACACAGAGAAGCUGAUCAAGACGCUGCCCAUCAUCCAGAACCAGCUGGAUGCUCUGCUGGAUUUCCAGGCCAACCCUAACGAGCUGACCAACGGAGUGAUCAACUCGGCCUUCAUGCUGCUCUUCAAAGACUCCAUAAGGCUGUUUGCCGCUUACAACGAAGGGGUCAUCAACCUAUUGGAGAAAUACUUUGACAUGAAGAAGAACCAGUGUAAAGACGCCUUGGACAUCUACAAGAAAUUUCUUUACAGGAUGACGAAGCUGUCAGAGUUCCUCAAAGUGGCGGAGCAAGUUGGAAUAGAUCAGGGUGACAUCCCAGAUCUCUCACAGGCCCCCAGCAGCCUGCUGGAGGCUUUAGAGCAGCACCUGGCUUCCCUGGAGGGAAAGAAGACUAAGGAACUGAAUGCAGACACCAGAGCAUCCACCCUGUCGAGUGCCGUCUCAUCUCUCUCCUCCACCAGCAUGUCCUUCAGCCGCAUGGACGAGAAGGAGAAGCAGCAGGCCCUGGAGGAGGAGCAGGCCAGGCUGCAGGCUCUCAAGGACCAGCGCCUGAAGGAGAUCAGCAUGCAGACUCCACCCUCUGCCUCCCCCAGCAGCCAGUCGAUAGGCAGCGCCAACAACAACAACCACAUCACGCCAGCUCAAGAGUUGUUCAGCUCCACGCUGUCUACCAACAGCGUGCCCAAUCUGAACAGUGACCUGUUUGAUCUUCAGCCGGCCUUCAUCCCCGCUGUGCAGAGCACUCCCUCCAUCUCCACCGCCAACAGUGCCUGGGGAGGACUGGAGAGCCAGCAUCUGCAGCAGCCCGCCUCGGCCAUGGCCGUAGAUUUCGAUGCCGUGUUCGGGAAUAAGGCCGCGCCCAGUAACAACGGCCUCCAACCUGCAGCGGGUUUUGAUGCUCUGGGAGACCUGUUAAAGCCUACAGUCCCCACACACAGCGCACCUCCUCCUCCUCAAAUGGCCAUCCAUCCCGGAGGAAAGCUGCUAGCCAACGACCUCGACUCCUCUCUGGCCAACCUCGUGGGCACCUCUCUCUGUUUCUACGCCUCCUCAGAUCUGCAGUUUGGUGGGACCCCAGCCAAAAAGCCAGAGAUGCAGUGGAACCAACCUGGAGAGAAGAAGCUGACUGGUGGCCAGAACUGGCAAAACAAGACCAUGUCAACAACACAGUGGGGCCCUGCGCCCAUGGCCCCACAGCCCAUGCCUGUACCACAUGUGAAUGGAAUGUUCUAUACUAGUUAUGCUCCAGCGCCCAUGGCUUUCCCCAUGACCACACCGCAAGUGCCUGUGUAUGGAAUGGUCCCUCCCCAGAUGGGUCAGAUGGGUGGGGUACCUGUGAUGGCUCCUCAGCCAAUGAUGUACAACCAGCCUGUUCUCAGACCCACUAACCCCUUCGCACCCAUGCCCGGAGCUCAGAUGCAGUUCAUGUAAUUCAGUCAGGGGGGAAGCAGAGUGCCAAAAGCGACAAACAAACAGCAAAAGAAAACACACAAGAGGACGAUCAGAUGGACGGAGGAAUGAUUUGAUCAAGCUAAAAAAGAGACGGACAGGCGACAAGAUAACCGACCGACACCAAAACUCACGUUGGAAUUUGGAGAAGAUGACAAAAUGGAGGAUGGAGGGAUGUAGGGACACGGUGGGGAAGAUGUCAUCCAGGCCGGUUGUUGUCUGAAACAACUCCUUGUGUGUGUGUGCGCGCGUGUGUGUUGCUUCUCUAUGUUUAUCGUCUGAUUUGUGUUUUAAAUUGAUGGAGUGAUGUUUCAGGAGAGGGAAUAUGGAUGAGAUUGAAAGAGGGGAAGAACAGAUGGAGGUGAGGAGAGGAGCAAAGGAGGGGAUUGAGGAAAUCCUACCUCUGGUUUUCAGUCAGGAUGUUUAACCUGACUGCAGUGAGAGGCUCUGCUGCAGAAUUAGCUUUAUUUCAUACUGGUGCUAUAUCGUCCUCUCUGGGUUACUGUCCGCCUGCAACUUGGGGGCACUUGAGAGGGGACAAGGGUUUGUUUAGUGUGUGUGUGUGCGCUUUCUAAAAUGAGUGUGUGCGAGUUGUUUCAGACAAUACCUUCACAACCGACCUCCUCUCCAUCCCCACCCUCGUCCACUGUCUGCGUCCACGACUGUCCACCCGACGAGAGAUUUUACUGGCAAAUCCUCUCAAGUGUGUUUCCUGUAAUUUUCCGCUCUGUUGGGAUACCUUUGUAUUUUUCAGGCUCUAUUUCUUCACCAAACUUUCCUGAGUGUUAUCGGGGCUUGUACAGCGAUUUGUUGACGCAUUUGUUAAUAGUAGUUGAGCAUUUGUUGCUAUGGGUUUUGAGCUAAAGUCUUUGUUACUCAUACUGCAUUGUUUCCUUCUUCUAAAGCUACAGAUACACACAUAGAGGCAGGGGUUAGCGCUGAGAACAUGCUACACACAGAACGGAACCCAACUUUUUCUCAAAAAUAUAUUUCUCUCAAGGCCAAGUCACACCAGAAAGCAUCCCAGCAAAAUUCAUACUUUAUUUGAAUUAUUUGGUUCUGGAAACUUGAUACAGCUGGUAAGCUGUACCCUACCCUCACUGUUAACACUCGCUACAAGCUAGUUAGUAACAUGCUAGUACAACUAGCUGGCCACAGGGUAACUUUUUGUCCCUGUUCGGGGUGGAUUAAUAUGAGUUGAGAAAUUUUUUUUAUUGCUAGCUUUUUGUCUAUUUGCAAGUUUUUUUUUAGCUUGUUCACCAAAGAGAAAAUAAUUCUGCCUUCAAAUGGAACUUAUGAGCUUGUGGUGAAGACAUGGGUGUCAUCACAAAAUGUUUGAUGUUCAACAGUAAGUCGUGAGAACAUUGUUUCUAGGCAACUGCUGGCUUCCACUAGCCAACAAGGCUAACACUUAGCAAGCUAACAACCGGGUAGAUUAAUGUUAGAAACGCGUAAUGGAAGGCGGAGCCUUUCAGAAAUAUGAACAUAUCAACAUUUUCCAACCUAAUUCUAAAAUUACAAAGACAAUCUGAUAUGGUGAAAAUUAGUAUGACUUAUCAUCCACCUCUGCCAAAAGUAAGGUCCCACAAAUUUUACUGGACCUUACAGAAGAAUUCCAUUUACCAGUUUGUGAAUACCACAAGAGGCGACAUUUGAAGGCGGCGAUGUAUUUUGGCCAACAAUCCAAUCCCCACUUUUGUGAAGCAGUUUCUGUAUUAAUCCUGGUGUGACGAGGCCUUGGACCAGUCAGACAUACAAGUUUACCUUGAUGUUUUUGACUGCCGCCAGUUUCAGUGAUGGUAAAAUCUAACAAAAGGGUAUUUCUAUUUUGCCAAGCCUGUUCACUGCCUGAUGACCUGUGUGUAUCUGUUUUUCUGUGUUCAUUAGCUCACCAACCAGAUUCAGAGUUUCUAAAACAAGAGUUUUUUUCAUUAGGUACAGGCUUUUGGCAGAUCCAUGUAAUGUGCCAAUGAUUUAUGACAGCAGCACUGAGCGACUGAGUUAAAUGUUACUGAAUCAAGUUGAAAUCACUUUAAAUUGCACUGAAUCAAAGUGAGCGGCCACAAGCGCGACUCUGACCAUGCCGAGAGCCAAACGACACUGAACUCGUGGCAUCGCCUUCACUCUGGGGUUCCAAGAAAUACUGGGGAAGAAAUAUGACUCACGUCAAAAGAGGUCGUGGUCACUCCCUAGCCAAAGCAUCCGUCCCCAUGAGUUCGACUGUCCGUGUAUGUGUGCAUAACACAUCUCAGUGUGUGUCCACAUUUAUUUUUUUUCCAUUGAGGGCUAUUUCUGAGGGUCACGUUAUAAACUUUGAGCCAACUGGUUUGACACGAGAUGUGCUUGGAUUAGUUUUUUCUAAAAAACGAACAAAAAAAAAUUAUCUAAAUUUUGUUGCAAAAAAAUGCACAUGCAAAAAAUGUUGCACUUAAGCGGCUCUCCUGCCGUCAGUAGAGCUGUUUCCAGUUUUUCUGGUGUGAAAAAGUUGAGAAAGAGAUUUGAAGUUUGUAGAGAUAGUUUGGGGUUUUACUAUAGAACACGUUUGUCUAAUCUACCAGCCACUUUGGCGGGUAACUAAAACUCAAUCUCCUGCCAUUCUAACAAAGAACUUCUUUUGUAGUCCCGUCCCUGGUCCCCAUCCUGCAUCUCCACCCAUCAGUGAUAGUCACGUAUUGAACUCAUCAUUCAUUCUGCUGUGAAAUCUCUAGAAUCUCGCUUCAGUCUCUUCUGGUCUAGUCGGUCAGUAUCUAGAAUGCUUUUUUAGCCUGUUUCGUCACUGUAUGUGUAGAUAUGUAAAAAAAUAAUAGUUAUAAUAACCACUUUCUGUCUAGAAUGUCUGCGCCUACCAUCACUGUCGCUGUUGGAUAGAUAUGCUCAUAGAAGCUUCUUGUUGCCGUCUUGUGUUAGCUUAGCCUCUCUCCAUAUUAACCCCCUGAAGCCCGUGGAAGACCUCCGGCAGCAGGCUUUUUCUCCUCGUCCUCUGCUCCGCCAGUGUCUAGAAACUAUAGCUCUUUCUCUCUCUUGAUGUCUCUGUCUUUUAGCUGUAGUUGAAACCUUUCAGAGGCUCUCAGGCUUUGUGGUUCGCGUUUCUCAAGCUUUCUUCUUGCUGUUAACAUCGCUCCAGUGUUCGGUAGAUAAUUUUCACGUCAUUCCCCCCGUCUCGAUUACCGUCCAUCCAUCUCCACCUCCCGCUACGAUGUCAGCAGCCUACAAACUGUCUCUGACCAAACCUAGAGAGCGAAUCAUGUGCCUGGAUAUCCAGGUGUUUUGUAACAAAAUGGGAGAGACAAAUGGUGCUUUUCCAGUAGUCCAAGCAGUUUUUGGAUAUGACCUUUACCUUAACACUGGUAGGUUUAGCCGCUGGAAGGUUUGACAAGAGUCAGCCAACUCUUGUUUGAGUGAACUUAGAAAUUGUAUUUAGUAGGCAUGGGGGAAAUUCUGGGACAGUUGAGAUGAAGUUCAGUUCUGGACUCCGUUAGACUUCUGAAGACUUCACUAAAGGGUUUUAUUGGUAACCAGCUGUCACGCACACUUCUUGAAUCUCAGCAAAACAGUCACAAGUGACUUUCUAGCUGAGUGUAGGAAGCCAAACUGACCUUAAUAUUGGCGUCCACAUUGUCCAUUUACGUCAAUAAAUCCAAAUUCUUUCAGGUGUUUCUUUUUUUCUUUUUCCUUUUUAAAGGAUCUCCGAGUUGGGAUGGGCUGCCCCCUAGUGGACAUGUGCAUCAUAAUAUCACUUCGCACAUUUCUAAAACCAAGAAAUGCAAUUUGCUCGCUUUGGUGCCAGUAUGAAAUCAGAUCGUGAUUUCUUUUUAUUCUAGGACAGCUGUCUCACUGUCUCUAAUAGGAAGAGCAAGUGAGGAUGAGAGGAUUAAAAAAAAUGCUCAGUUAUUAGUUUUUCUUUCCCUUUUUACGAAACGUAACAUUUGUCUGCAUGGAAUCCAGUCCUGCUUGUUGCGACGGGUUUUUUUGUGUGUCUGAAGUGGUUUCAAAAUGUUUGAGUGAGCAUAGGAAAUGAGAUGGCUGGGGUUUUGGGGGGUAGAUGUCACUGGCUCAUCUCCUUAGCGUGCCAGUAAUUAUCACAGCUUUGUCAUGUAGGUCAUUUUGUAAUUAAGGGAGGAGUUCUGGCCGAGCAUGCAGGCUCUUUCUUCGGCCCUCCCCUCCCUCAAACUCAGACGUUCCCACUGUCUUCUGGUGUUGCCCACUGACCCGGUGCAUCUGGCUUCAGUCCGGGAUCAGCCUUGUGGCUACGUAUCGGAGCUUCUCUCAAUUUUCAAAGCCGCUACCGCCUCUCUGCAUUGUUGUAGCAUGAACCUUGUUGGAGAAGGACAUGCAGAUAAACCUUGAUGUCAUAUUAAAAUGUGUCUGCUGAGGGCCGAGUGUGUCAGACGUUUGGAGAGCAGAGCCAUCUCUCCUUUUCCGGGGUCAGUGAGUGCAUGGUUGUAUCGUUGUCGGUGUUUGUUGUCCUUUUUUUUUCCCAAAAAAGCAUGAAAUGACAGUAAUGGUGAUGAUGAUGAUGAUGAUGAUGAUGAUGAUGAUGAUGAUGAUGAUGAUGAUGAUGAUGAUGAUAAAUCCUCUCCUCUUGUCCCUUUUUUUAAACCGUAUCGUCCGUCAGGCGCCCACCACCCCCUACGACAUUAUGGGACAAACGGAUCUGACUUUUUUCCGUCCACGACAGCAGGUUCAUCACUUCUUCUGAGUGAAUCUGACAGUUGUUUCGUACCGUCGACAAACGAGCCACUGUAGCAAAACAGAGCGCCAAACUUUACUUUUUUUUUUCUUUCACGUCUCCCAAAGACCUCUCAUUUGUUACUCGCGACAGCAGGUUUGUGCGCCGCCAUGUGGGCGCUACGUGUCGAAACCCCGCAAAAUGAACGGAGGCCGUUGAAAGGACGAGCCUCCUUGUUCCUGUCAGCGAGUUGUUGAAUCAAAGAUCUCUUGUGCACGUUCCGUUUUUUCUACAUCUGUGUUUUUUGGUAAGAACCCUCGGAUUGCUGCCUCACUAUACUGUACAUAGACGAACACACACAGUCACACUCGCAACACAGAGCUUACAGACAUACUCUCAUAACCUUUUUCAUUUAUUUUUCUGAAACAUGAAACAUAUUAGCGUUAUUACAGCAGUAUAUUGGUAUGAUUACUAAUCGGUGGGGGCGGGCUAAACGGGCAGACGGUGCAGAUUUUGAGGGCUGCAGACCUCCCCGUACAUCAGGAUCAGCCAUGAAUUCUCAGUGAUGCCAAAUUUUUUUCUGAGCAGAGUACACAUUUUAAUCUGUUUCUCUUUCUUUCUUCUGUCUCCUCCCCUCCCCCCAUCUCUUUGUACAUUUUUUUCUAUUUAUUUAAAGCAGAAAUAUAUGGAUUGUAUCAAGCAUGGAAAGGCAAACAAAUGUUACAGCUGACAAAAAUCACAGGCUUUUAUUUUACAGCAGUAUAUUUGUUUAUUCUAGGGAUUUGUUUCUUUCUCUUUUUUUGAAGAAAUAAAAAGUCAUUUUCCAUUCCUAAA